UCGAUUAUUGGCUGAAAUGUAAAAGAUUUAUACCCAAGCAGUCUAUGCCGUAGGGUAUUGUAUUGUAUUCUGAACAUAUCCAGCCAGACCCGGACACAAACACAAAUUCCAGGCACAUUUUCAAUCUAAAUUCUCUGCAGCUAAUCGCUUUGUCUGCCAUGGCGGAGGGAUUAAAGAAACUUUUCAACAGCAACACCACAGCCGGACGCGCUAAUGUUGCUAAGGCCACUUAUGCCACAUUCGCUUUGAUCUAUUUGUUUUAUCGCGUGCGACGAGGCAGCGGGGAGAAGCUGUCAGCGGAUGAUCCGAAUUGUGCCUGUGAUAAGGAGGUAACUCCGCCUAGUGCACAUGCCGAGCAGGAGGCAGAGUCUAACUGCGCAGUUUGCCGUGAUCGCGAAUCGGAACGUCAACGUCGCGCGGCACGCGAUGAAGGUGGUCACGAUCCACCACCACCUCCGCCGCCAUCUGGUGGUGCCUCCGCAACGCCGCCGCGUCGCAAAUGUCCUUGCGAGGAUAGCCAUCGGCAUGUGGAGUCCACCAAGCAGCAUAUACGGCACGAUCAACAAGCGAUACAGCGGCCAGAGCUCGAUGAACCACAUCUUGAGGCUAGCAUGGUGACGUCGCAUGCAGCGCGGGAGGUCAUGGGUCACAUGCAGGAGGCCGCUUCGCGUGUGCUGCGAAAUGUGAUUGGCGCCGUGCUGGGUGACACAUCCAGCAGUGCUGCCAACGGCGUCGAAUGCGAUGAUGGCCGUACUUGCAGCUGUUGCAAUGCGGCAAGUACCGCCGUCGCCAGCAGCGAGGAGCAGAACUACGCUGGCUCCGAAUAUGAGGCAAACAGUACGCUUUUAAGUCGCCAUCGACGCACUGCACCACGCGCAUGUGUACCCAACAUUGCUGGCGAAGAACAAGAGCACCCAGCCACGCCAGAAGUUGAGCUGCCCGAAACACCGUCGCCCACACAGACACCGAUGCCCAAUCCGCAGCCCCAGCAGCAGAUACGCUAUCCUUGCUUCAACGAUGACUUUGGCUCAGAUAUGUUCUACGAGGAUUACGACGAUGAGUGAAAGGUAUUUGCAGGAACUAACGACUGGGUU